AUGGAUUUGGGUACUGUUAAGUCUAGGUUGAAUAAGAACUGGUACAAGUCACACAGAGAGUUUGCAGAGGAUGUGAGAUUAAUAUUUCAUAAUGCGAUGUUGUACAAUCCUAAAGGUAAGAAGCCAGUUCCCAGGAAUCCUGAAGCCAGGGAUUCUCACAAGAAAGAUAUGACAUAUGAGGAGAAGCAAAGGCUUAGUGAAGACCUCCAAACUUUACCUUCAGAAAAGUUGGAGGAUGUUGUUCAGAUAAUAAAGAAGAGGAAUCUUCAUCUAUUUCAACGGGAGGAUGAGAUUGAAGUCGAUAUUGACAGUGUUGAUUCUGACACUGAUGAGGUCCAAGUCAUUGAGGAGGUGCCAACAGAGAACAUUGCAGGUGCAGCUGAAAAUAAUGCAGUCGCACCUUCUCCACCUCUAUUAGAAAAGCAAGGUGCUAACUUGAGUGAAUCAAGUAGUUCAAGCAGUUCAAGUAGUGACUCUGGAUCUUCUUCAAAUUCUGAGAUUACCUUGUGCAUAGUUCAUAUAACCACAGAACAAUUCUCGUUGGCCUUGGGAGAUGUGGCUGCGGCUUUUGAACUGUUAUCUCUUUGGGCUGAGCUGGCUUCAUGCUGGGAGUAG